CAUAAAUGAAAUAAAAUUUUCUAAAAAAUUUAAAAUGACUAAACAUUAUUCUGAAAUAUUAGAUUACUUUGAUCUCUAUCUUAAGACAAAUAAUCCUUAUCAUGCAAACUUUUAUUUAGCACCUUUUGAUAUUUUAAAUAUGAAUGAUAUACCAGGGAAGAAUGGGUUUUCACACUUGGAUACAUAUAACAUUUUUAGAUCACUUAAAUGGUGGAAUAAUGGUAGCAAUCAUCUUAUAUUUUCAAUGAUCCCAAACCUUGAUUUUUUACCAAACAAUAUUAAAUACAUCUCACAGUAUCAUCAUUCAUUGCAGAAAUAUAUGAAAUAUAUUUAUACUUUUUCUGGCAAAGCUAUAUUAAUGUUAUCCUAUUUUAUUCCAUCAACUUACAGGCAAAAUUUUGAUAUAGCAAUUCCUAUAUAUAAUCCAAAAUUAAUGGAUAAUACAUGUCUAAAUAGCUAUGUGAGGCAAGAAUACAAUAAAUAUAGAAAUUGGAAUAUAAUAAGUUCUCAACUCAAACUAUCAUCCACAGAUCAAUUAUUAUUGAGUCGAAUCCAUUCAACCAUUCCAGGGACCUUAACACUCUUUGAAUCGGCUCCACCAGAGUACGAUACUGACAUGUACCGUUCACUUCAGCAAGAUGUCUUCAAAGUGGUAAAAUAUGUGGAAAUUUUGCAACAAUCCAUAUUUUGUCUCAUCCUUCCAAAUCAAUACCUAACAUCGUUGGACUUAUCGGAAGCUAUCAUGCAAGGAUGUAUACCCGUUAUAAUGAACAUAGGCGACAUAAUACUACCUUACCAUGAUGUUUUGGAUUACUCUAAAUUCACCGUAAUGUCUCACCAACCACCUAGCGUCGAAUUUUUCCUAAAUUUGAUGGAUUCCUACAAGCACAAACCAAUAUUUUACGAUAAAUUGGUGAGAAGAGGUCGCCUUACUUGGGCAAAAUAUUUUAGCCGCCCUACGGCCAUCGCUAGAACCUGCGCUCAUAUCCUGAAACAGCGGCUGUUCCCUUACGGCGGGAGGAAAUACAAGGAUUGGAAUAGCGAUAAAUACUGGGAGGAUAAAAGUUUUUUCGAAGAACCUACAGCUGUUUCUACUCCUUAUACAAAUAGUGAUGCUAAAGGAACCUUACACGAGUUCUGUGGAGAUGAUAUUAGGUAUACUAAAGAUGGAACGUAUCACAAUAGUUUUAAAAAGACGUUUGACUACGAUAUAAAUCCAAUCAUUAAAUUCGCUCCGGAAUACAAUAAUCACCUUCAAAAUAAAUCAUUCCGCGGUGGCGGGGACAAAUUUUCCGCCGUGAUAAUCGUAUAUGAUAGACAUUUUUUAACGUCCUUGAACAGGAUCAUCGAAACCUUAAAAGAAGUUCCCAGUUUAUCUCAUAUUUACUUAGUAUUGAAUAUUGCUGGAUAUAACGGGAACGGACCAUCGGAUGAUAUAUUUAUGUGGCUUAAUCGCACUCUUUCUUCCGCUAAACUGAUUAAAAUUUUGAACCCCCUCCAAAGAUCCCGCAAUAACCGUUUCAACUCAUUUUUCUCAAAUCUUAAUCUCAGUGACCCGACCCAAGCUAUAUUAUCGUUGAAUCAAGCAACUUCUAACUUAUUGUUGACAAAUCGGGAGAUAGAGAUCGCGUUUCAAGUUUGGAAACAAUUUCCAGACAGGAUUAUAAAUCCAAGGUCUACUUACCCAAUCCAAACGUACAAUAAAAGUUACGAAGGACUUUUAGAUAUAUCGAACGACGCCAUUUUUAUUCAUAAACAUUUCUUUCAUUUGUACACCUAUCGAAUGGAUCCCGAGAUCAAACGUUACAUAGAUAAGGUUGGAAAUUGUGAAGAUAUCGCCAUGAACUUAUUGGCGCUUCGCGUGACGGGUAACACUCUCCUGAAUGUGCGAUUCUCUUCGAAACUAAGAUGCAACAAAAGAUGCAAGAAUCUCAUAAUCGACAACAACGAUCAAAGGGAAUUGAGAGAGCGCUGCUUGAAAAUAUUUUAUGGUUACUUUUUUGGAAAUCUUGAAAAAAGCAAAUCGAUAAUCUCCAAAUUCCAAUUCUCUCCACUAGAAAUCUAAUAUGUUUCAACGAAUCUCAAAUAUUUUUUUAUAACAA